AUGACGGACGUUUAUACAGACCAGCUCAAGGCUGUCAUGGACCUCUUCGAUAACAAUGAAAUCGAGAAGUGUAUCGUCAAAGCCAAGAAGAACCUCAGCGACAAGACACUGCCGCCUUACUACGUCAUUGAAAACUGCCUCCUCAUCGCUUGCGCCAGCGAUACCUGUGAGGAAGCGGAUGAUUGGAAGACAAGAGCAGAGCAAGCCUACACGGCUUUCGCAGAGGUCACCAGAAAGGUCUACGAGGAUUCCCUCAUGACGCUCAAUGAUUUGCGCAAGGAGCUCGACGACCUAGAUAAGCAAAAAAAGGAAGAACUCCUAUGCGAACAAAUCCGGGAGGCACAAAUCAUUAGCGAAGAGGACCAGGAGAUGAUAGACAGGGAAGAAAGGGAAGGAGAGGAAGAAAUGGCAGCUUGA